AUGAAAGACUUGGGUUCUCUGCAUUAUUUUCUGGGUAUUGAGGUUCAUAGAAAUGCUGCUAGUUUGUUUCUAUCUCAGUUCAAAUAUGCCACAGAUCUGCUUGCAAAAGCUGGGAUGAUAGACUAUAAUGAUUUUCCUUUUUCGGAUGUUCAUGUGUACAGAACUUUGGUUGGUUCUUUGCAAUACUUGACUCUAACCAGGCCAGAGCUAUCUUUUUCUGUUAAUAUAGCAUGCCAGCAUAUGCAUGCUCCUAAGUUGAGUCAUUUUAUGGCAGUCAAACGUAUUCUUCGAUACAUCAAGGGAUCUUUGCAUCAAGGGUUGAAUUUUGUUCCGGGGCCUUUAUCUCUCACAGCUUUCGCUGAUGCAAAUUGGGCAGGGGACCCUGUGGACAGGAGAUCUACCACAGGUUUUGGUAUUUUUAUGGGUCACAACUUGGUCUCAUGGUGUGCUAAGAAACAGCAUACUGUGGCUUGUUCAUCUACAGAGGCCGAGUAUAGGGCCAUGGCUCAAACAGCUAGUGACUUGGUUUGGUUGCAGCAAUUGUUUUCUGAACUUCUUAUUCCUUCCUCAACACCUCAUGUCCUGUGGUGUGACAAUAAAUCUGCUAUAGCUCUAGCUUGCAACCCUGUAUUUCAUGCUAGGACUAAACACAUUGAGAUAGACUAUCACUUUAUCAAAGAACAAGUCUUGAAUCAUCACAUUGUCUUGUAUCAUAUCAGUUCAGAGGCUCAGAUUGCUGACAUUUUCACCAAGCCUUUGUCUGUUUCCAAGUUUCAGCUAUUGAAGUCCAAACUCAUGGUAGGGAAUCCUCCCAUGAGUUUGAAGGAGGGUGUUAAAGGAGUCUGGCUCAAAGGAUUCUGUUACAGCUGA